ACCAGUCUAAAUGGGAAAAUCGAGAAAGUACUAGGAGUAUGCUAUGAUGGGUUAGAUGAGAAAGAUAAGGCAAUCUUUCUUCACAUUUUCUUGUUUGUUCAAUGGUGAAAAGGUUGAUCAUGUGAAGCAAUUGCUUGCCAAGAGUGCAUUGGAUGCAAAAUUUGGACUUAAAGUCCUUGUUGACAGAUCUCUUAUACAUAUUUGUGCUGAUGGAUAUAUAGUAAUGCAUUGUUUGCUACAACAAUUGGGUAAAGAAAUUACUCGGGAUCAAUGUCUUGAUGACCCCGGGAAACGUAAGUUUCUAGUUGAUGCUUUGGAGAUUUCAUAUGUACUAGUAAAUGAAACCGUAAGCGUUAACACAUGUCCUACUCAUCACAAAGUCCACUUUAGCUAAUGCAUGAAGUAACUGCGUUCUUUCUUUGGGUAUAUAUAUGCAGGGUACAGAAACUGUUUUAGGAAUAUCAUUAGAUAUGUCUGAAAUUGAGGAUCAAGUGUAUAUAAGUGAAAAUGCCUUUAAGAAAAUGCCUAAUCUCCAAUUCUUGAGGCUAUACAAGAAUUUUCCAGAUGAAGCAAUCAAGUUAUACUUACCUCAGGGCUUGGAUUACCUACCACGUAAACUUUAGAUUACUACAUUGGGAUUCGUAUCCGAUAAAAUGUAUGCCCUCUAAGUUUUGUCCUGAAUAUCUUGUCCAACUUACUAUGCAAGAUAGGAAGCUUGAGAAACUUUGGGAAGGUAUUCAGCCACUGACAAGUCUCAAGUAUAUGGAUUUGAGCGCAUCCACAAACAUUGAAGAUAUCCCAAACCUCUCAACAGCAACAAAUCUGGAGAAGUUGUACCUUAGGUCCUGCGAAAAUUUGGUCACAGUCCCUUCUUCUGUUAUACAAAAUCUUAAUAACCUCAAAGUCCUAGACAUGUCUUGUUGCGUAAAACUGAAGACUCUUCCAACCAACAUCAACUUGGAAUCACUUAGCGUCUUAAAUCUGAGAGGAUGCUCAAGGCUGAAGACUUUUCCUCUAAUCUCAACGCAUAUUCAAUUCAUGUCUCUUGGGGAAACUGCGAUAGAGAAAGUGCCUUCAUUAAUCAAAUUAUGUUCUCGUCUUGUUUCAUUGGAAAUGGCGGGAUGUAAGAACCUUAAAAGAUUAACAUCUUUCCCUGCAAGUAUGGAGAUCGUGGACAUAUCCUGGACUGGAGUCGUGGUAAGAACCUUAAAAGAUUAACAUCUUUCAUCUAGAACACAUGCAUAUUGAGCACAUGCGUAAGCCGUACGUUUGUGUAUUUGAAAACCGUUGUUAUAGUCCUAUUUUGAGAUAAAUUUCCUUUGUACGUCGAAUUAGCUUUGUUAAAAUUUGUGUACACAAAACACGUCUUUGAUUAAUUCACAAACAAACCAUACUAAAAUCUUAGAUUGGCUGUUCGACUAUUUUUACACAUGGGAGUACUCAUUUUGUGUCACGGAAAUUGGAUUUCUACAAUAAGAGGAUUUACGAAAAACAGCAACCAAUAAAAAGAUCUUAUUCCAGCCACAUUGACCGACACAUGGCAUCACAUAGUUUGACUAAUCAUUUAAUAGUUUUUGACUCUUUUAACUUUCCGGGCUUCGCCAAUUUGCCCCUAACUCGGAACGAAGCAGACGAUGAUGCUAAAGGAGAAAGAACGGAAGGAGGAGAUAAGUUUCGAAAGAGUUUCCAAUGGCCGAUCCUUCGUUAUCGGCCAUUCUCUUCCUUCGCAAUUGGUUUUGCUUGCUGGUCCUCUCUCGAUUUUUACUCUCUCUCUUUUUUUUUUUCCUUAAAGCUUGAAGAAGGGUUUCUAUUUUUCUUUUUUCAAUUGGUUAUGUGUUUAAUUUAUGUUUUGGUGUUUUUUUUUUUUGAACUCCAUAAAUCAUGUGCGAUGAAGUCGAAUCAUUGCUUUGAAUAUUACUAAAGUUAGGGUUUUGCUAUAGAAAAUAGGCUCAAGUUUUUGGAAAAGUCUUGUUUUAGUGGAAAACCAAGUUGUGAUUGCUUUGUCUUUUCUCAUUUGUUUUCUUUUUUUAACCGUAGAGUGACUGAAUAGCAGUGUUCUUUUGUUGUUGACAAAAUCUGUUGACCCAUUUGAAAUCUCUCUCUAGUAAUAAUGGUAUUAGCCUUUUAUCUGCUCGAUUUUGAAGAAUCUCUGAUUCUAGGCUGGGAAGUCGUAUGGUGUUGUUCAUCCCAUGGGUUAGCGUUCAACUAUACUGGGUUAGUUAAGUUAGUUAGUUAACAACUUAACAUCCAUGGAUUGACAUUCCUACUUGAUAUGAAAAAGUUGGUUGCCCUGCUUCUUCUUUUGUUAGCUGCUCUUCUACAUUAUAAUCAGUUGCUUGGAUUUUUUAGGUCUUGAUUUGGUUGACAAUGAGAGCUAUGCUAGAGACUAGAGUCAUGUACAUAUAAAUUUAUUGUAUUUUUGACCAUUUAAGGUAUGUUAAAGCCCCUUAAGAUUAUAUUAACACAUAACUAUGGAUGUGUUUUAUUCUGACCAAUUCUCUGAAACAACCAAAUCAGCUUUAGUUAAUCUUUACAUUCCUUUCUCCCUAGUAAGAUCUGAUUUUUUUUUUAUGAUUACCUUUAUGUUUCUUAAUUGUUUGACUUUUCAGAAGUUUCGUAAUACCUUCCAAGACGAGACUCGCUAUAAUAAACCACCAGCUUGUGGGAAAUCUCCAGGAAAUAAUGGAGAUGAAGGGUUUUUGACUUUUAACAAGAUUAUUCACUCAAUGAUAUAGAGAAGUUGAAAGAAGCUAGACUUAUGGUUAGGCUUUUGGAUUUUCUGGGCCUCUUGCUUAGGUUCCAUCAUCCAUCAUGUCUGCUUCUUCGUCUUCUUCUUUAUUGUCCCCUACUCAAUGGAGAUAUGAUGUCUUUCCAAGCUUCAGUGGUCAAGAUGUCCGUCGAAACUUUCUCAGCCACUUGCUCGGUGAAUUUAAUCGCAAAGGAAUCAACACAUUUGUAGAUAAUCAAAUCAGGAGGACCGAGUCCAUCGGCCCUGAGCUUGUACAAGCUAUACGAGCAUCGAGGAUUGGGAUCGUCAUCCUCACGAAGAACUACGCUUCUUCACGUUGGUGCUUAGAUGAGUUGUCGGAGAUUAUGGAAUGCAGAACUACUACAGGUCUAAAGGUGAUGCCAAUUUUCUACGAAAUGAAUCCAUCUGAUGUAAGAAGACAGCGUGGAGAUUUUGGGGAGGGUUUCGAGAGACCUUGUGUGGGGAAAACAGAGGAGCAGAAGCAGAAAUGGAAGCAAGCUUUGACUGAUGUUGCCAACAUAAGCGGCCAGCAUUCACAGAAUUGGUUAGUUAUCUUCUCUCCACUAGUGUUUCAUCUUCCAUGUGGAUCAGUUUUGUUAGUAUAAUGAGACUUCUUCAUUUGCUAUCUUGAAUUUUUGGAACAUAUUUGCAUGAAUGUGUAGUUGAUAGGCAAUAUCUGUCACAUAGGAUGAUACUGCUUAUAAUCGUGUAAAUAACAUCGAAAAAAGACGGGAAUAGUUGUUCUAAGGGAUAGCGAAGCUGCUAUGAUGUUAAAAAUUGCUACAGACGGUUACUAACAUGUUGAACUCCACACCGUCGAGGGCUUUUGAUCAUUUAGUUGGAAUGGAACCUCAUAUAACAAAGAUGAAUUCUUUGUUAUGCAUGGAAUCUAAUGAAGUGAGAGUCGUAGGGAUUUGGGGUCCUGCAGGAAUUGGCAAAACCACGAUUGCUAGAGCGUUAUACGAUCUAGUUUCCAGUGACUUUCAGCUCAGUAUUUUUAUGGAGAAUGUCAAAGGAAACUACAGCUCGAAGUUGCAGUUGCAAGAAUAUUUUCUUUCUGAAAUCCUCAACCUCAAAGAUAUGAGGAUAAAUCAUUUAGGUGUGGCAAAGGAGAGGCUAAACUCCUGGAAAGUGUUUAUUGUUCUUGAUGAUGUUGAUAAACUAGAGCAACUAGAAGCUGUAGCAAAUGAACUUUUGUGGUUUGGCGCUGGAAGUAGGAUCAUCGUGACCACUGAAAACAAAGACCUUUUCAAGAGACAUGAUAUCAAGCAUAUUUAUGAGGUGAAGUUUCCGUCUGGCAAUGAAGCUCUGCAAAUCUUUUCUCGAUCCGCCUUCAAACAAGAUUCUUCACCGGAAGGAUUCAUGGAGCUUGCAGUUGGAGUUAGACAAGUCACUAAUCAUCUUCCAUUAGGACUUUGUGUUUUAGGCUCUUCAAUGCGAGGUAAAAGCAAAAUUGAGUGGGAACAUGAACUGCAUCGCCUAAAAUCAAGUCUUCAUGAUGACAUUGAUAAGAUAUUAAGAAUUGGCUAUGAUAGCUUAGGUGAUACUAGUAUAUGUAAAACUAUAUUUCUCCAUAUCGCGUGUUUAUUCAAUGGUGAAGGAGAGGAUAUUCAGCUUCUUGAAAAUAGCAUUAUUGACGUGAAAUAUGGACUUGGUGUUCUUGUCGAAAGAGCGCUUGUGUCCAUAUCAAGUGGCAAACAUAUCACAAUGCACCAUUUGCUACAACAAAUGGGAAGAGGAAUCGCACAAGAAAAAAACGCUGAUGAGCCUGGGAAACGUCAAUUCCUCAUAGAAUCUGAGGAGAUUCGAUUUCAUUUCAGAUGCUUAGAAGCCUGAAAAAGAUGGAAUUGAGUGGCUCUACGAGCUUGGAAGAACUUCCUAAUCUUUCAGAAGCAGUGAAUUUGGAGCAUUUGGAUAUGAGGGAUUGUCACAGUUUGCUCAAGCUUCCUCCCUCUAUCUGGACACUUACUAUGUUGGAUUUCUUAGACCUUCAAGCCUGCAGAAAUUUAGAGCCUCUUCCAUCAAACUACGCUUUGGAGUCUCUAAGUUACCUCAACGUUAGCUAUUGCCCAAAACUCAAAAGUUUUCCAGAGAUUUCUAGUGACAUUGAACAUCUUAAUGUGUCCUUUACCAUGAUACCACAAGUGUCUCCAUCUCUUAACCUUUGGGAUUUUCUUCAUACAUUGGAUUUGACUGGUUGUGAAAACGUUACAGAGUUUCCACUUGUUCCGCACA